GCACCAUAUGUGCUCGGUCUGCAGGUUUUAGGUCUUAUUUAACAACAAUUUGAGAAUUUCUCAAUGAAAAUGAUCCGAAACCGCUUUGGGAACCUGUCGCGCGUCUCCGUCCAGCUGCAGCGACAUGUCCAGCAGAUGUCUACGAGUGCGGCGGUCGCUCCUGCUGAGGGCGCAACCAUAAACGAGUUUCGCAGCGCUGUGGCCAAUCCCGGCGAACAUUCGGCCCUGCAGUUGGCCAAGUUCUACACAAUUCCCGCGGAGCAGAAGAAACAGAUCUUCACCGGCGGCGGACUGCCCAAGCAAUACGAGCUGCAGAUCAAGACCUUCACCGAGGCCUGUCUGAUGGUCCGGAAUCCUGCCCUGGAGAUGCUGGAGUACAUCAAAAACGCAGACCUAACAAAGCCUGUGGUGCGGUAUGUGUUGUACGGCGAAAAUGGAACCGGAAAAACACUGACCAUGGCUCAUGUGCUGCACUACGGAGCUAUCAACGACUUCCUCCUGGUGCACGUGCCCUGGGCUCCGAACUGGAUGAAGAGGCCGAAGGAGGCGUCUAACGCCGCCGGUCAGGAGGGUAUGAUUGAUCUACCCUUUGACGCUGCCGCCUGGCUGGUGCACUUCAAGAACCAGAACGGCCAGCUGCUGCAACGACUACAGUUAAAGACCGGCAAAGAGUACGUGUGGAGCAAACGCGAGAGCACGCCGGCGGGCUCUUCUCUCAUCGAGCUGGUGGAGCAUGGAAUAGCAAGGAUUAAGUACGCCUCGGAGACGACAGCGGCCCUUAUCUCUGAGCUCAAACAGCUCUCUACUGCCGGACAGUGCAAGGUGAUGGUGGCCAUCGACGGAUUCAAUGCCUUCUUCCAUCCGAUUACCCGCAUUUUCUCGGACAACAAGCAGCGCGUUACCCCGGAUAGGAUAACGCUUACCAAGCCCUUCUUGGAUAUCACCAACUACGACUGGACGAACGGAGUGUGCAUCCUGUCCGUGGACAAGAUCGCCAUGACCGAGGGAUACAUGGACUCCUAUAUGCCACGCUAUCUGCUCGGUCAGGCUGGAUUCGAGCAUCUGGAUCCCUUCGUGCCGGUCCAUGUGGAUAACUACACGGACAAGGAGUUUCACAGCUAUAUUAACUACUAUCUCGAUAGGCAUUGGAUCAACAAGACGCCCCAGGGCUUCGAGGAGCAGCUCAAAUUCAUGAGCAACAAGAACCCCUACUCCCUGAUGCAACUGGUGAGGGCCCUGUAGUGUGUCCUGUAUCCUGUAUUUGUUAGCCAAUAAAGUUAAAUGAUGAUUUGUUAAACACAGAA